AUGGGAGUUGACAUCCGCCAAAACAAGGACCGAAAUGUUCGGCGCCAGGAGCCCAAGAGCCAGGAUAUCUACCUGAUAUGCUGUGUCAAGCUGUGGGUCAAGCUGUACAGGUUUCUGGCCAGACGAACCAACUCCACAUUCAACCAGGUUGUGCUGAAGCGGUUGUUUAUGAGUCCUACCAACCGACCACUUCUAUCCCUUUCCCGGAUGAUCUGGAAAAUGAAGCGUCCUGGCUGGGAAAACAAAACGGCCAUGGUUGUGGGGACCAUAACGGAUGACGUGCGGGUUCAGGAGGUGCCCAAACUGAAGGUGUGUGCGCUGCGUGUGACCAGCUUGGCCCGCAGUCGCAUCAUCAGGGCGGCGGACAAAAUCUUCGCUUUCGACCAGCUGGCCCUGGACUCCCCCAAGGGCUGCGGCACCGUCCUGCUCUCCAAGAUGAACCGGCAUUUCAGCAAGGCCCCGGGAACCCCGCCCAGCCACGCCAAACCCUACGUCCGCUCCAAGGGCCGGAAGUUCGAGCGCGCCAGAUGCGCACAGGCCAGCUGA